UUUGACUGUUUUUGUUAGAAAUAUUAGAAAGUAGAACAGUUCUGACUGACAGAAAGAUGCUUUAAUAGUAUUUUGUGAACUAAGAAAUACAACAUUGUACUGAAUUUUAAAAAGAGUAGCAAUAAAGUGAGUAAUAUUUUUUUUAACUCUUGUAAUAUUGAACUUGUAGCAACAUGUUAUAUACUGUUAUCUGCCCAUUGUUCUUGUACUGUACGAAUGAUGCUUGGGCUUGUCUGGACAUGUUGCUCCUCUAACUAGCAAUUCAUUCUUCAGACUGUAGGGGGCAUACGGCUAUAAAACAUAUUGCGGUACAUCUCUUAAGACAAUCCUGUCUUCUUCUUUCACCUCAGCGGAUCAUCUGUCUUCAUCUCACCCUAUCCCCAUCAUCUUCCACUGUCACCUUUGUCCAGUAUAUCCAAUAUUCUUCUCUAAUUUCCAAACCAGUUAACCUGAGCUGCACAAAUUUCUGUCAGCUAUGCCUCCUGUCGUUUUGUUAGUGCUGUCUCCAAACCAUACAUCACAGCAGUUUUACCAUGAUCUUCUGGCUAAGGAUCUGAUGCACCAAAGUUUUGCGGAGGAGAGGAGGCAGCAUAAGAAGAAGAGGCUGGUGCAGAAUCCAAACUCUUACUUCAUGGAUGUUAAAUGCAUGGGGUGUUACAGGAUCACCACCAUCUUCAGCCAUGCCCAGACAGUGGUGCCCUGUGCAGGCUGCUCUAUAAUCCUUUGUAGGCCACGAGGGGGGAAAUGCAGACUGACAGCAGGCUGCGCCUUCAGAAAGAAACAGACAUGAACAGUAACGAACCUGGAACCAUGCAGCAGAAAUGCCCAAGGAUAAUCGAGGCUGAGCGAUGCCAUGUUGCAAAUCCUCAGCAAAUAGAGAAAUUGCCUCUAUUUAUCUAAAUGAGUACGAUUUUACCCCCGUGUGGGGCUGAAUGAGACAGAAUCAUCUGAAUGCAUGUACACUCCAAAGCAGAUUGACAUAAUGAAGCACUUUGCUGUAAAGACAUUGUCAUUACUUCUUCUGCAUGAGUAAAAUGCAACAAUCAAAUUUGCAAAAAACUUCAGACAAGUCAUGACUUCUGUAAAACAUUUUAAUAGGUUGACAUGGGUGGGGUGGGGGUGGGUGAAUGAAGUAUUUCAUAACAGUCUCAACCAAAUGUGAGGCACUCUCAGUGGCUCUGACAUGAGAUGAAACCACGAUGACCAUCACAAAAAAAAAAUAAAAACAUUUCAUGAAUUGUCUGUGUUGUGUGUGUUCUUUGGUUUUGAGAGUUCCUCUGGCAAAAAGGAGUGGUGUAAAUGAAACAAAACCCAAGGAAAAAAAAAAUACAACUUCUCACAUUACCUAACAUUAUUCUACUAUAUACAAUAAGUUUCCAUGGUUGAUAAAACUUGACUGAGCUUCCAGUGGUUUGGGGUUUAGCUCACUCAUAUUGUAAAUACUGGCUACACAAUGGCAUAUUGUUGGUAAUGAUGCAUUAGGUAUCAGUGGUCAGGUCAAGCAUUUAAGUGUUCAGAACGUCAGCAUCAGGUUCAACACCUUGGCCAAAGAGGCAUUACGUUAUAAUUAAAUGUAAAGAAGUCUUAAUCACUGAGCCUUGUUAUCAGGUCAUCUGUUCACGUGACUGUUGUGCUGUUCUAACACAAAAAGAGACUGAGACGAGCACAGAUCUGUCAAAUAUCUGUUACUUUGCAGCCACUGGAGAUAAAAUGGAAUAAUAAUAAGAAAAAAAAAUGUUGACUAACUUCAAAUUACCACUAGGUGGCGCUUAAAAGCCACACAAGACUGAGCAAACCCCUAUGCCAUAUGUAGCCUAUGUAUUAAAAAUAAUCAGAAGUGUAAUGUAUGUGUACAUAAUGUGUAAAAUUAAGUCUGUUUAAGUGGUUGAGUGACCAAAUCUGAGGUUUCUUUGGACAAAUUUAGUGCCAGUUCUUUGUAAGUGGUCAAAAACGAAUUUCUACAAGAACAUCUGUAGGUUUAAGAAAAAUAAAGUAGCAGUGGAUUCAAAAAAUCUUUAU